UGUGAUCUCCCGGAGACAGAGCAGACAUUACACAGGAGAGAUCCAGUCUCACCAUGGCUGCAUACUCAGACAGUGCCAAGAAGUGGUCUCUGCCGGGAUGGAGGAUAGAGCAGAGAUAUUCCAACAAAGUGCUGAUUGGAAACUGGGUGGAGGAGAGAAAAAAGUUUAGGAGAAGCAGUCUCCCGACAUCGAAGAGCUGCUAUGAAAAAGACUUUGUACAGUUCUCAGACAGUAAGCCGGAUCGAAUACAGAGGAGAGGUUUCUUAAAAAGAAUGGAGGGUUUACCAGGACAUCAUUUACUGUCACAUCACGGACAGCUGAGUUCUAGGCACUUAGUAUCACAGUAUGAUGACGAUUACAUAAGAAGUGGAAACUCUACUUUACCUCCUCUUCGGAGCUGGGAUGGAAACAGUCUGACCUGGGUCCCAGAAAAAUCAGAUUUUCCUUCUACAGCUCCACCAACCAAUUUUGGUCUCCUGCAAGGAAAGCAAAAACUCUGGAGAGACCAAGUCUCUGAAGAGCUGAGAAGCAUCUAUUCUGCGUCAUACAGGCAACCACCACCCUCUGCCUUUAUGACAUCCCGCUUUGGAGUGGCUCCCCGUGUCCUCUCCAGUACUAUGCAUCAGCCCAAUAAUGCUAAUAAAGCUUUAGACUUUAAAUCUCAAGCAUACCUUCAGGUCCCGGAUAACCCAGUUCAGAGAACUAACAACCUGAUAAUGGAGUCAGCAUCCUAAAUGUAGU